AUGAAACGAAAACAUUUUCAAUUCUUUGACGAUGAAAUUUCCGAAAAAAGGAUUUAUUAUUGUCCAACACCAUCCAUGACCAAUGAUUCAUCAGAUAUAUAUAUAUUAGCUUCCAACAAGGAGGAUGCAGUGAAAAUUAUUUUACUUGAUUUUCAUGAUGGUACCACCAUGAUGGAUCCUUUGAACUCGGAAAGAAUUUUUCAUAACAACAAUGAUCGAAUGGAUCAUCAACUGCAUCAAAGGCUGAAAAUGAAAUUUGAAAAUCAAUCAAAAGGAUAUUGUAAAUGGUUGCUAGCAAAGGAAAAGUGGAUGAAACAAUGCAAGGAUUGGGAUAGUAAUCAAAUGAAUAUUGAGUUCAUGAUGGAUCGGGAGUGUUUCAUGAUGAAAUGUAUUUAUAAUUUUUCUCUGCCAGUUCCUUGGCUAAUACAACAAGUUAACGUUUCAGAAUUGUGUCAAAACAAUCAAGAUAUGAUUGGUCGUGUGGAGUUUUGGAGACCUUUCAAGCAUGAUAUUUUGAGAUUCAUUAGAAAUGAUCGAUUUCAAAUCCUUAAAUAUAUCCCAAAAGAGAUUUUAUUGGAAUGGAAAGAAGAAUUGACGUCCAUGGUAUUUAAACCAAAAUAUGGAUUUAUUUUUGAUUUUGACAUUGAUGAUUUUGAAGAAGCAAAGAAGUUACUUGCUAAACGGCGUUGUGGUUUUUUCCAACUGUCCAAAAGAUUACAAGACAAUGAAGACAUUAUCAAACAUGCCAUCCAUUACAACCCUGUGAACAACAUACAAUAUGUAUUUGAAAGAAUGAAGCAUGAUCGCACAUUCUUGAUGAAUGUCAUUCGAUCAAAACCGAAUGCCUUUUAUCCUAUUGCAUCACAACUACUAGCACAUGAUAAGGAAUUCAUUUUUCAACUACUCACCGUUUCCGCAACCAGUAUAUAUGGAACAUUUGAAGAGCGCAUGAUCCAAACAUAUGUUCCAGAAAUAUUCAACUUCUUCCCAAAAACCUUUCAAAAUGGCCUAUCAAAACAUAUCAAACGGCAGAUUUUUCAACAAUUCUUUCUCAAAGACGCCAGAUGGUCAAUUGUUGAUCUGGACUUGUUGAAAUUUGUGGUUCAAAUGCUUGACACGUUGCCAAAUGUGUAUUAUCAAGCACACAAAAAUUAUCAACGGCGUUUAAGCGUAAAGGGAUGGUUUGCAAUUUCCUUGCUUACUCAUUGUGAAAAACAUCAAAUACUCAGCAGUAGUCAUGAUCAAGAAUUUGUUAAAAUUAUUGAAAGCGUCAUGACACGAAUGUACAUGGAUUAUGAUCCAGACGAAUUUGAAGAAUGUAUUUCAAACCGUGUGGACUUGCCGGUGAUUAUGAGAUUUGCCCCAGCGUAUGUGAGGAAAGACAGAAAUUUUGUGCUAACAGCUUUGAAAGCACAAGGUACUUGUGUGAAAAGUAUAGAUGAAACUUUUAUUCAUGACAAAGAAGUAGUAAUGGCUGCCCUUGCAAGUGAACAUCAAUGCUCUUUGUAUGACAUUCCAACACACUUUUUCGACGACAAAGAUUGUAUGUUGACAGCAAUGGAGCAUUUCAAUGUGAAGCAUCCAUUACUUGUUGAUGCUUUUAAGAGAUUUGUUGAACGAAAUGAGAAAGAAGUGAUCAUGGCUGGCAUCAAGAAAGAUGGAAGGUGUUUACAAUACCUCUCUAAUAAUUGUCACAACGAUCGAUCUUUGAUAUUGGCAGCAGUUACGCACAGCCAUGAUGGCACUGCCUUAUCUUUUGUUUCAAAAGAAUUGAAACAAGAUGCAAAUUUUAUUUUGGAAUUUGUAAAAGCAAAUCCAAAAAUUGCUGUUUCGCGUUGCAUCUCGAAUUCAGACAUUGAUAUCAUUUUGAGUUCUGAAAUUAUUAUUUAUGAAUAUGUAAAACGGUGUGGAAUUAUUACAGACAAGGUCAUGAAUCAAGUAUUCAAACACUGUGCUCAAGAUUCACAAGUGAUCUCAGUCAAAGAAGCUAUUAAGGUUUUGAAGGAUUUGAUGAACCAAAGAUUGGAAUUUGAAUAUUUUGGAUGUCACAUUCCUGAAUCUCGGUUAUUGAAUGAACCCAUCAGACUGUUGAGCGUGGAAGAGGAAACAAGAGCAAUAGAUUUGUCUGGUGCUGGCUUUUGUCCAAAAGAGCAACGAUACAACAAGUGGAAAGAAUUUUUGUUUGAUAACGCAAGUUGGGAGAUCUUUUUUAUUGAUAAAAGGUAUAAAAGAUAA